GAAACACGCUGCAUUCCUACCACGCUAUGAAAAUAUAAGCGCUCGUAUACCUCUAAUGUGACGUUACGGAAUGUUGUGUAAAUGUAAACAAUUGGUUUGUGAACGGACAGAGUGGAUACAUGGAAUUGGCUUACCGUGAGAUUGAUGUGGGGACAGAGCGCGACUCCAUGGACCCGCCGCUUGAAGCUAUGCAUCCUCUCGAUCCGCCUCCACCUGACGUACUGCUAGCUUUGUUGGCCAGAAAUAAGGCUCUUGAAGCCAGUAUCCCGAAGUGCGGGGGGUGCCACGAGAUGAUAGUUGACCGCUACGUGCUGAAGGUGUCGGACCGCACGUGGCACGCCGGCUGUCUGCGCUGUGUCGAGUGUCGCGCCAUGCUGUCGGGCAAGUGCUUCGCGAGGAACAACCAGCUCUACUGCACCGAGGACUUCUUCAAGCGCUUCGGCACGAAGUGCGCGGGCUGCGGGCAGGGCAUCCCGCCGACGCAGGUGGUGCGGCGCGCGCAGUCCCACGUCUACCACCUGCGCUGCUUCGCCUGCGCUGCCUGCGCGCGCACGCUCAACACUGGCGACGAGUUCUACCUCAUGGAGGACGGCAAGCUCGUCUGCAAGCCGGACUACGAGGCGGCCCGAGCGAAAGGUAAUAUCUCAUUGGCAGGCGAGGGGUCCAUAGACGGGGACGCGGCUAGCAAGCGACCCCGCACGACGAUCACCGCCAAGCAGUUGGAGACACUCAAAAGCGCAUACAGCAGUAGUCCGAAGCCAGCGCGCCAUGUGAGAGAGCAGCUGGCCCAGGACACCGGCCUAGACAUGCGCGUGGUCCAAGUUUGGUUCCAGAAUAGGAGAGCAAAAGAGAAGCGGUUAAAGAAGGACGCAGGACGAACCCGCUGGUCGCAGUACUUCCGGUCGAUGAAAGGCAGCGGCAGCGGCUCGCCCAGACACGACCGGCUUCUGGACAAGGAUGAGCUGAAGAUCGACUUGGACUCCUUCAGUCACCACGAGCUAAGCAACGACAGCUACAGCACCGCUGCGCUGGGCGGCGAGGAGGGCUCGCCCGCGGGCGGCGCGGCGGGGACAAGGUUCGGAGCCACGCCGCCUUAUCUUCGCGCGCACUCGCCGCCGCAUGCGCACUACCACUACCCGCCCGAUCAUCUCGUCUAUACCAAUAUCGGUCAAGCAAUGAGCAGCGCAGGGCUUGCAGGAGCAGGCGGUGCGUCAGACAUGAGCAGUUCGUCAUCACCGGCCGCGGGAGGGUACCCCGACUUCCCUCCGUCUCCAGACUCGUGGUUAGGAGAGCCCCACCAUUACUCGCCGCGCGGCUAUCCCUAGCGGCGGCCGCCCCCGGCGCACGCGCAGCCCGCGCCCCCGCCGCUCCCCGCACCGUGCCCUGCUCAGGUUCUUGCCGUACAACCGCUCGAACUCGUAGUCAAACGAGAGCUGUGAUCAAUAAAUUUGUAGACGUCUUGGCGUAGACAGAGGAGUAAAUAGACGCAUUCGUAGCACCUGUCGAAUUCUUUCAAAAAGAGGACAACUUAAGCACAGACUUUCCAAGGAAACGGCGGUUCGAUAUUCGGUGGCCGUUUUUGUUAAAUCUUAAGGUCUGUCUGACGAGUGUCAAUGUAGCGUGUUGUUACGUGAAAAACACGUCAAAAUCAAUGUCAAAAAAUAUCUUUUGAAUGACAUCGGCACGCUAAUCAAUGGUCUAUUGACAUUCCGUCUACGCGUCUUGGUUUAUUCGAAGACAUAAACGGAAAAAACGUUGUAAAUAGACUGUCCGACCGACUAUCUAGAAUUCUAGAUUAUAGACUAAUCAAAGAUCAAUUAAAAGUAUUUCUAUGUUAAGUCAAUUCUGUCAAAAGAGUUCUAAUGUAAAUUAGAAAUUUCAUAUGGAAACGAAAAAUUGUUCUUAACUUUCCAAUCGUUAACAUGACCGUGUAAGAAAAAGAAAUUUGCUGGUUCCGCCUCUCAAAUUCACAUUUGAAAAAUAUUCAUAUGUUUAAAAAGUAGAGUGAUUUAUAACUACUGUUAGAGUGACGGUGUAGUGGCGGUGAAAGUAGGAAGACAAAAGAAGAAAUAAAUGGAGACAAUUUCGUUAAUUAAUAAAAGCUUUGAAGUUUGUAAAUAGACUAUUUGUGACCAUAAAAAAUUGUAUCCAGAUUACUGUGUACUUAUGUAUAUAUAGUUAGAAAUGUAUUUUGAAUGUUCACGACAUCUUGUGAUUCGCUGAUCUAUGCAAAAAUAUCUGGUUAAAGAUAAUUGUAAUUAAAAAGAAUCUCUUAGUCGUUAUUUCAUAGAUUAUUUAUCAUUUGAAUGUUAUAUAUAAU